AUGACACUCUCCCAGCUCGCCUUGGAGGACGUGGAGGCCCUGUACUUAGGUUGGUGAUGUGACAGUGACGCAUGUUCCCUAAGCACCACUUGAAACAUGACUCAAUACAGGCCACGCAGAUGGAUUGUAAGCUCCGUACCUUUAACAUGAUAUCAGAAAAAAGGAAAAGUAGGUGCCAUCCUCUGCAUAACUGAUUAUAGAUUUUCACCGUCUCCUUACUCACCUAAAUUAACUGACUCUCAAAAUUAGGGAUAUUUUUAUCCUGUUAAAUAUGAAUGCUAUUCUCAAAGUCAGCAUCUGUGUUCACAGGGCCCUCAUUUCUGAUGGCUGACCCCAUGGGGCCCCUUCUGGACCAAGAUGAAGAAGAAGCUCUUUCUCCCUCCUCCUCUCUAGAGGGGAAGGCACCAGCUUCGCCUCCCCCCUCCUUCUCCUCCUACGCAUCUUCCUUGUCUCCCUACCAGACCUUAUCGUCCUCACCACUGUCUUCUGCAUCCCCACCUCCCUCACCACCUCCUCUUACUCCCUCCCACUCCCUCCAGGGAACCAAGGCUGGAGUGGACACACUGUCCCUUCCCUGGCUGGGUGCCAGUGAUCUGCUUGAUGCCCAUAUCGAAGCAGAUGAUGGCAAAGGUGAGUGUGAAUUAAGUUUUAUCCAUCCACAAAAUAUGUGUCUGAAGAUAAGCUGAUGAAUGCAAUUGAGUUUUGAAUAAAUAUGUCAUAUGGUUCCCUCUGUUUAUACAAAACCCUUGAGGCUGCCCUGCAGACAUCCUUAAAAGUUCCAGUGAGAAACUUUGUGCCAUUUUUUGGUGUUCCUUGUUGAUAGAGCAGCUUUUACUUAUCUUGUCUGCUACAUUCUUGAGUAGUUUUUAUAACAAAUCUCAUCCUGUGGACUUUUGACAGUCAAAUGUAGUAUUUAUCAUGAAUAUUUUAAUUGGAAAUUGUGAAAACAGGGAUUUUUUUCUUCAGCUGCAAGACUUGGACCUGCACUCUCACACGAAUUUUAAACCGUUUAAAUAAGAACUGAAUAAAUCUUCAGUCUUGUUGUUGAUGAUCUUGUUUGAUUUUACCAUUAAAAACCAUCAACAUGAAGUUUAGUCUAUGUCAUACAUGUCAAAAGUUUCUCAUAGGAGCUUGUAAGACUGUAGAGUUUGAACAUAUGAAGCUAGUUUGCCCCGUUUUCAAGGAGGUUCCCUAUUCUCAAAGGAAAAAAUUAUACUGGGGAAUAAAGCCGGUUACUGCUAGCAAGCCCCAACCUCACAGGGUCUGAAAAUUAAAGACACAACCCAGUAAUUGGUAAGUGGGUUGGGACACAGAGAGCAAACAUUGGUUUGCAGCUUGCAGGUGUGGCAGCAAAGUGUGUGGUUAGGACAGACCCAAACUGGUCUUGUUCUGUGUGUCAUUUACUGUGACGUGAUUGCAUUUGUGUAAUAUCUGAAAUUAGGGUGGCGCUCUUUGUGGCUUUUGGCCUGUGUUACAGAAAAAGGAUCCUGUUUUUGAUGUACAGUCUUUUCCACAUUUCAAAGUGACUGUACAACAUAGAGAUAAAAUGUGCAGCGCAUCAAAACCAAGAAAUAAUGUAGUUUUUUAAAGAUCUGAUUAGAUACUAAUGAAAAUUUCUCUCUGUCAACAGAUGACACAUUUGCAGACAUGGACUGGAUGUCAGAAAAAAUCGACCUGAGUGAAUUUGAUUUAGAUUCUCUCAUCGGUUCCUGCUCAUCUGACGAGUCCCCCAGCUCCCCUGAGGAUCUCCUAGCCUCCCUUGACUCUCACAUGGAUUUGGAUCUAGACUCUCUCGACACAACUAUCCCUGUCCCAAACAACAGCCUGGAACUGGGUUUGCCACUUCCCAGCAUCCCUUCCCUUCCUGAUGAGUUCCCUCUCCCUGGGCCAGAUGAGGCAGAGUCAACAAAGUUGUUGCCCAAACAGGAGGUUGUAAUGAAGUCUGAGCCUCUCUCCCCCGUCCCCUCUCCCCCCCCCUCUUCUCCAGUCUGUACACUGGAGCUGGGAAGUGAGGUGGAUGUCCUUGAUGCAGGGAAAACAACAACAUCCCUCACAGCCACCAUCAUUCCAGACCCCAGUGGAAGCAUUCAGACCGGCAGCCCUAUUGUGCUCUCUCUUCCCACCUCAGGCCACAUAGUAGUGGUGCUCACCAAUAAUGAGGAGCCCUCUCUUGUGUCUCUCUCCAAACAGUCUAUUAAAAUCUCUCCUCCAUCCAGCGACUGCGACAGCGACUCUGGCAUCGAGUCCGGUGCUGGCUCGCCUUCUCGCCUUCCCUCGCCUCCUCUGACCCCCUCUCCAUCAGCUGGUUCUUCCAGGACCAAACCCUACACCAAGCCAGAGCCCACCACCACUACCUCUCCAAUGGCAAAGGUGAAAUCAGUAAAUGGCACUCCCAAGGUUGUGGAGAAGAAGCUGAAGAAGAUGGAGCAGAACAAGACAGCUGCCACUCGCUACAGACAGAAGAAAAGGGUGGAGCAGGAGCUGCUGGGCUCAGAGCUGGAAGACCUGGAGAAGAGGAACCAUGAGUUGAAGGAGAAGGCAGAGUCCAUCAGCCGAGAGAUCCAGUACCUGAAAGAUCUGAUGGAGGAAGUCCGUAAGCACAGGCGUGGAAAGACCAGCUCAGCGGCUCAAUAG